AUGGGCAGGUUCUCAUCUCUCUGCGCGCUCACCGCCGUCAUCCACUCUUUUGGUCGUGUCUCCGCCGCUAUCGGGCCUGUGACCGACCUCACCAUCUCCAAUGCGGACGUUUCUCCCGACGGCUUCACUCGUGCCGCAGUGCUUGCAAACGGCGUCUUCCCGGGUCCUCUUAUCACGGGAAACAAGGGCGACAACUUUCAGAUCAAUGUUAUCGACAACCUCUCUAACGAGACGAUGUUGAAGUCGACCUCCAUCCAUUGGCACGGCUUCUUCCAGAAGGGUACUAACUGGGCUGAUGGAGCUGCCUUCGUCAACCAGUGCCCUAUCGCGACGGGGAACUCUUUCCUUUACGACUUCACCGCGACGGACCAAGCAGGCACCUUCUGGUACCACAGUCACUUGUCUACGCAGUACUGCGAUGGUUUGCGGGGCCCGAUGGUCGUAUACGACCCGAGUGACCCGCAUGCGGACCUUUACGACGUCGACGACGAGACCACGAUCGUCACGCUCUCUGAUUGGUAUCACACCGCCGCUUCGCUCGGUGCUGCUUUCCCGAUUGGCUCGGACUCUACCCUCAUCAACGGGUUGGGCCGUUUCGCCGGUGGCGACAGCACUGACCUUGCGGUCAUCACGGUUGAGCAGGGCAAGCGCUACCGUAUGCGUCUUCUCUCGCUGUCUUGCGACCCCAACUAUGUCUUCUCCAUCGACGGUCACAACAUGACCAUCAUCGAGGCCGACGCUGUCAACCACGAGCCCCUCACGGUCGACUCCAUCCAGAUCUACGCCGGACAACGUUACUCCUUCGUCCUUACUGCUGAUCAGGACAUCGACAACUACUUCAUCCGUGCCCUGCCCAGCGCCGGUACCACCUCGUUCGACGGCGGCAUCAACUCGGCUAUCCUGCGCUACUCUGGUGCCUCCGAGGUUGACCCGACGACCACGGAGACCACGAGUGUCCUCCCCCUCGACGAGGCGAACCUCGUGCCCCUUGACAGCCCCGCUGCUCCCGGUGACCCCAACAUUGGCGGUGUCGACUACGCGCUGAACUUGGACUUCAACUUCGAUGGCACCAACUUCUUCAUCAACGACGUCUCCUUCGUGUCCCCCACGGUCCCUGUCCUCCUCCAGAUUCUUAGCGGCACCACCUCCGCGGCCGACCUUCUCCCCAGCGGCAGUCUCUUCGCGCUCCCGUCCAACUCGACGAUCGAGAUCUCGUUCCCCAUCACCGCGACGAACGCUCCCGGCGCGCCGCAUCCCUUCCACUUGCACGGUCACACAUUCUCUAUCGUUCGUACCGCCGGCAGCACGGAUACGAACUUCGUCAACCCCGUCCGCCGCGACGUCGUGAACACCGGUACCGCCGGCGACAACGUCACCAUCCGCUUCACGACUGACAACCCCGGCCCCUGGUUCCUCCACUGCCACAUCGACUUCCACUUGGAGGCCGGUUUCGCCAUCGUCUUCAGCGAGGACACCGCCGACGUCUCGAACACGACCACGCCCUCGACUGCUUGGGAAGAUCUGUGCCCCACGUACAACGCUCUUGACUCAUCCGACCUCUGA